CCCGGAAUGACGGCCACUCAAAUUGUUCAAAUUCUGGCCAGGCGAUGGUCUGCUGGUCAGUCGCAACUGUGCCUCCAGCUAGGCAAGUCCCUGAGUCCAUAUCGUGGCAUUUGCAGAGAUAACAUGAGUCGGAGUCACCUUCAAACGGAGGGCCUGCUCUUCGAGGAGAAGCCACUUCAUGUGCCGCCGCUCUCUGAGCUGCAAAAAGGUGAGGGGGCUCUUUGUGCCAACUUUGCCACCGCCGAGGUGAGUGUCGGUUCCUGUCCAGACCUCAAGGCAGGCCAGUUUGGUCUUGUGGAGAGUGGACUGGGCGGGAAACCCACUCUCCUAGAGGCAGGCGGACCGCCCUACUUGCGACCCCUUGUCCAGCGCGACAAGCUCUACAACCUGAAGGAGAUCACCCGGAGAAGCCAAGGUCCUGGCAAGAUAUUUGCCGUGGGACCUGGGGCAGGACCCUGGCCAAUUCGUAACUCCAACUGCGAGGGCAUCUUCAACUUUGUGGUGAGCGAGAAGGAUGAACUGACCAAUGGCAGCUACACGGCCACUGUGAGGGGAGAGCAGGAGGAGUGUGUCCUGGAAAGGAUACCCGACACAGAGCCACGAUGCGCCCUCAUCCUGAAUCUCUUCCUGAGCGAAGGUAAGCCAGGAGAGGUUUUAAAAAUCCGCGCCAAGCAGCGCACAGGUCAAGAGAACUUUGUCGAGUACAUUCGUAAGGCCUUGGAGCAGCACUACGGCGACCAGGUGGUGGGUCUGGGCGGCAUCUUUUUGGUCAAAAAGGGAUGUGUCCACCAGCAUGUGAUGCGGGACUUCAGCACGACACCGAUCCACACCCACGAGCAGAUCCAGCAGUGGCUCAAGUUCUACGAGAUGCCCGCCCAGCUGAAUGCCGUGGGCACCCUGGUGACCAAGGACAUGGGCCUCGAUCUACGCCUGCAGCACUUUCACUCCUUCUCCGCCAGCAACUGGGGUGGCCAUUACCACUACGACACAACGCCGGAGACCGUGGAGUACGAGGCAUACCUAAAUCUGGCGGAACGUGUGGUCCGCGUGGACAGGCCCGUGGUAACGGAUCAGUUGGGAAGAGACUAA